GUAUAACUUUAGGUACGCUCCUGCACGCCUGGCAAAGCCCGAGCUACCACCUAGCGGCAGCGACCAGUUAACGUUGGCUGACUUGAAUUUUAUACUAUUGCGUUACCAUUCGUUCUACUAAGUAAAUCUGCUAAUGCACCCUGCACCUUUCAACUAAUCUUGAACCUGAACCUGAACCACAGCCUUCGGACAAUCAGACAAUGUGACCUCUGGCCUUUUUUUUUCUUUUUUUUUCUUUAAACAUAUGAUGCGCUGCCAACUCACAAUACACCACGAUGCCGCUGGUUAAGCUGUAAAAAAAAACAUAAUAGUAUUCUUGGAACAACCUUUUAAUAUCGACAAUUGUUCUCUUCUUUCAUCAACUUCUUAUAGUUUAUCUACCUGUUAAUCUGUCUGCCUAUUCCGAAAGUUCCCUCCUCUCAAAGCUUGGAAUUCUAGAUUCUAGACCUUGCGGUCUUUCGGGCACCUUCAAGUUCCCCUUCGCUGGACAAAUGCGACAACACGUGCCGCUUCGUCUCUCAUUAUUUUAAUGUAGAUCAUCAACUUGCGGAGAAUUCAAUAUGCAAAUCAAGAAGAUACCCAAUGUCGAUGCCAUCAGGGGCGGCGAGAGACAUUCUGGCGAACUCCAUCUUACAGAACACCAUAUCAUAUUCUCAUUUCCUAAUCUUCAGCCGGAUGGAGCACCUCCACCGCAACCGAAUGCCCCCAAGACCCGCGAGCUUUACAUCGCUUAUCCCAUACUCGCCAACUGCAUCUUUCGACCCUGUCCCAGCGUAACAGGUCGCCCAUCCUCGAUACGGCUACGAUGUCGCGAUUUUAUGUUUAUAAAUUUCAAUUUAUUCGAUGAGGUACAGGCGCGGGAAGCGUUCGAAUACAUCCGGAACCGAACGUGUCGGCUUGGUUCGAUAGAAAAGCUCUACGCCUUCAGCUACCAACCCCUAAAGAUAGAGAAGCCGUUCGAUGGAUGGCAUAUAUACGAUCCGAGAGUCGAGUUUCGCCGACAAGGUAUUAGUACCAAAUCCGUCGAUAGGGGAUGGAGGAUAUCCUUAAUAAAUAAGGAUUACACCUUCUCCCCAACCUAUCCCGGCCUUCUCGUCGUCCCCUCCAAGAUAUCCGAUAACGUCAUCAAAUAUGCCGGUUCCUACCGAUCGAGACAGCGUAUACCUGUUUUAACUUAUCUCCAUUCGCUAAAUAAUUGUUCUAUCACCCGGAGUUCUCAGCCUAUGGUCGGUUUCAGGGGGAAUCGCAGCAUACAAGACGAAAAGCUGGUCAGCGCGUGCUUCUCCGCAUCGGCCACCGUUGAGUUUAAUGGAAUAGAGACCCAUGGUGCGGAUACGACGGAACCGAGUCCAGCUUCUAGUCAAACAGAUCUACGAGAUACCUUGGAUUCGGAAACUUCAGAUACGGAAAGACUUGAAGAUGAGCUUAUCGCAGGGGACGAGAGUAAUUACGAUGCAAAGACGGGAAAGAGACUAAUAUACGGCGCACAGCAGAGCAAUCUUAUCGUAGAUGCUCGGCCCACUAUCAACGCGGUGGUUAUGCAGGCAAUGGGGAAGGGAUCGGAGAACAUGGAAUACUACAAAUUCGCCAAGAAAGCCUACUUAAAUAUCGAGAAUAUUCACGUCAUGAGAGAAUCUCUCAAUACCGUCAUAGAAGCCCUCAAGGAUGGAGACAUCUCCCGCUUACCCCCGAAUCGCGAACUGCUGGUGAAGAGCGGUUGGCUUAAACAUAUUACCGGUAUCCUUGACGGCUCGGCCCUGAUCGCACGCCAAGUUGGCAUCAGACACUCGCACGUCUUGAUCCACUGCUCUGACGGUUGGGACCGUACCAGCCAGCUAUCAGCCCUGUCACAGCUGAUGCUAGAUCCUUAUUACCGCACCAUCGAAGGGUUUAUCGUGCUAAUCGAGAAAGAUUGGUUAUCCUUUGGGCACAUGUUCCAACAGCGUUCUGGUCUACUCAACCACGAGAAGUGGUUCGUAGUAGAACGGGAUUCCCUAGCUGGGUCGGCGAUACAACCCGGCGAGUCGGAUGGUCGCGCCGGAGAAGCGUUCGAAAAUGCACUCGCUAGCGCAAAGCGAUUCUUCAAGAACCGCAGCAGCGAGGCCAACGCAGAGUCAGACGGUGACGGUGUAGCAUCGCCAGCCGACGAUCCGUCGCAAGUCAAGAAGCCAGCUCCAGGUACGCCUGAUGCUAGCGAAGCUACCCGACCCAACGAAAUUUCCCCUGUUUUCCACCAAUUCCUCGACGCGACAUAUCAAAUUUUACGGCAACACCCCAAUCGCUUCGAAUUCAACGAACGAUUCCUGCGGCGGCUUCUCUACCACCUUUACGCCGGACAGUAUGGCACGUUCUUAUGGAAUAGCGAGAAGGCCCGGAAAGAUGCUCGAGCGCAUGAGAGGACGAGGUCGGUAUGGGACUAUUUCUUAUCACGGAAGCCAGAGUUUGUCAACAAAGAUUACGAUGCCACAAUAGACGAUCGGCAAAGCGGUCGCGAAAGACUCAUCUUCCCGAAGCUUUCCGAGGUGCGCUGGUGGCAUCAGCUCUUUGGCAGGACGGAUGCGGAAAUGAACGAGUAUCUAGAUGUAGCUGCGGCGAGGGACGAGAGACUCGGCGGUUACGCCCUGGGUGCUACGACGCCAUCCAUACCAAGCGUCUUUACCGGAUCACCCAACAGGUCUCCGCGGAAGUCGCAAAGUCCCCAGCCGCCCAGCUUACCCCUGAGCAAGAGCGUGCUGACGGGCGUGGAAUCGGCAUACGAAGCGCUGACGCCGGAGCAGCGAGCGGUAACCAGCAACCCGGCCAGUCUCAAGCACAACGCCAGCGCGGACACGCCCAACGCGUUCACGACGAAUCUCGUUAAGAUCAGGGACGGGGUGGUUGGGCUGGAUAUAGGAAGAGGUAUGUUUGGGGGGCCGGGCGUCGGCGAAAACACGGGCGUGGGAAGAAGGGAACAGGAGAUGGCGGAUAUGUCUACGGGGAACGGUAAGGAAAGCGCCGAAAUGACGUGACGUGAUGCAACGCGACGUGAUGAGGACAGAGAUAGGAGGAGGGGAGGGUGGAAUACUUAUCACUCGGCUAUGGACUUUGGUUAUGGCAUGGGCAUUGGCAUUGGCAUUGUAAGAAUUACUAUUAGGUGCCCGUAUGAAUGAGAAUAAACAAAAGAGAUGAGAAGACACGAGAUGAAGUAAGAUAAUACGUUGGUCGUGUGGUAUGUUUAUGCCCCUGGUGCUGCUACAGGCAUGUAUGUGAGCCGUUGCCUACAAUACGAGACGACGAACCGACGUAAAAGAUGAAUCGACGUUGUCAAUGUAGGUAGAAAAAGAAAAUCUGGGGUGGAUUGAUUUGGAUACCUGUAAUCUUGUUUUAGGAAAAGGGUUUCGGAGCAGAAUAUAGACUCGUUAUCGUUACGGAAUCACA